AACUCAUGCGUGGCUGUAUAUCGACUUCAUGUUAUCGUCUCCUUUUUAAAACAGUAUUUAACCAGGCGAAUCCCUCAGAAUCCUAAAUAUCAGCAUAUAAAAACUCGCCUUGAUACUGGUAACAGUUUGACAAAAUACACCGAGAAGUUGGAGGAGAUCAAAAGAAAUUACAGGUACAAGAAAGACGAGCUGUUUAAAAGACUGAAAGUGACUACUUUUGCCCAGUUGGCCAUCCAGGUUGCUUCUCUAUCUGAUGAAACGUUAGAAGUGACAAAUGAAGAGAUCCAGAAACUGGAAGAUGGUGAUUCUGCUACUUCAGAUGCCGAACUCAUAGCAGGGACAAAUGGGAAAGGAAGCCCCAGUGAGGCACCACUUAAUCCGCUCCUGUUCAUAAACAACACAGGAGCUGGAGAGUCGUAUCGGUCCACACUGCAGAGUGUUAUAAGUGGUGUUGGUGAACUAGAUAUAGAAAAGGACGCUCCAAAGAAAGUGGACCCUCAGGCUAAAGACAUGCCUUAUCCCGACUGCCCCUUCCUGCUUUUGGACGUACGAGAUCGCGAUGCAUACGACCAAUGCCAUAUUGUUGGAGCUUAUUCCUACCCUAUUGCAACACUAUCUAGAACCAUGAAUCCAUAUACCAAUAGCAUUCUGGAAUAUAAAAAUGCACAUGGAAAAAUUAUUAUUUUGUAUGAUGAUGACGAGAGGAUAGCCAGCCAGGCUGCUACAACCAUGUGUGAGAGGGGCUUUGAAAACUUGUUCAUGUUAUCUGGAGGCCUCAAAGUCCUUGCACAGAAGAUCCCGGAAGGACUGGUCACGGGCUCGCUCCCAGUGUCGUGCCAGGUGGUGACUCACACUGUAUCUGCCCGAAAAAAGGCCCCCCCCAAAGUGCCACCCACGCGUGCUGAGAAUAAAUGGAGAUUUACUGCAGAUGAUCUACAAAAGAUGAAGUAUUAUCUAGAAGAGGAGCAGAUUCCUUCAGAUACUGCCAGCCGUCUUAGCCGUGGUUCUUCAGGGCGCGAUACCAAGGCGACAACUGUGAGGAGCAACCACAGUCUCCCCAGUACAGCGGGCUCAGCUGGAUCUCUCACCGCCCGCUCGCUCAGCAGCAGCAGCCUCCAGAACAGGCCAUGGAAAUAGGCAGCGGUGUCUCUUUCAGCUGAAUAAAUGAAUGUGCAGGUUCUGGGAACCGUGAGCAGUUACAGCCCAUUUGUCGUUUUAGGAAUCUGCAAAGAAAAGCAGCAGCGGUAUUAAAAUGGCAGCUCGGGUAAGGCUGGGGGAGCUGGAAUGGUUGAUGUUUCGUAGAAGCGGGAAUGGUAUCGUUUUGAUGAGGCUGACCUUUAGGUGCAGUGUCAGGACACUGUCGACAUAACUGGUUCCUAGGGGAAGGAGGAAACUGGUAGUAAAGCCUGGGACCAAUAGAAAUGGUUCUGUGAAACUUGUAGUUCAGACUUAAUGAAUUUGCAUCUGUUACAAAUACGCCCUCAGCGCUGGGACUAAAACUGCAGACUGUGCUAAUACGUGAACGCGUGUGAAAGUACAUGGGUCAGAAAUCAUCUGUGAGCAAAACCUUUGGUGUCUAGUAGCAGCGAUACAGACACUUAACAAAUUGCCAAAAUGAUGGAGAGAGGACUCCAUCAUUUUUUAUUUUUUAAACUUAUGUUAAUGAACAGAAGUAUUUGUAAUAAAGAUUUUUUUUUUUCUUUGAAAUAAUGCCCAGCGUAGCACUGUAACCUGACAGUCUUUACUCAUGGACAGUUUGUGAAAUAGUUCUGCAUUUGUAAAAGUGAGUUGGACGGGAAGAUAAGUUGUUUUUUUCCUCUCCUCGUUGCCUGGAAUGUUUGACUUCUAAUUACGCUUUUCUGCUUUGUUCCUCACUGUGGUUGUGGAGAAAGCUACUGUGUGGUUGUUUGGUGUCUAAAGCUGAUGAGAGUAAUGCUCUGGUGCGUGCAGAGAAGGAUUUUAGUUGACUUCUCUUAAGGCAGGACCAGCUCCUGUGCCCCUCUUCCCAGGGCACAGACAGGGUCUUCCCUGGGUUCAGCUGCAUACCCGUGGUUUCUUCUUUUUCCUACUUGCAAGAGCAGGCUCAGCGUCAUUGCAGAGAACUACGAAAUAAAUUGAGGCGACGGUCAGUUGCUCUUCUGCUGGCAAGCCUGUCUUCCCUGACCGUGAUAGAGGCCAAUGUGAGUCAAGGUGAGGAGGCAGAACUUCAUUUUGCUUUGUAAAACGUUUGCGUGAUACAUGGAGGUAAAUUGUGCUCCUUAGUGGAGCAGCAAAGAGCUCCACAGUGCCUGUGCUUGAUAGAGGCUUAUUUCUAGCUAUGCCUUUGCCGGUAUUUUGGAGUAGCUCCUUUAAGAUUAGGGUGACUGAAGAGAAAUUUUCUUUUUCCUCAAGAACCAGGGUCCCUGAAACCUAGCAGGGACAUGGACUUCAGGCUCAGUAGGGCCUGAAGAUUUCGUGGAAAACAAGUACCACAGCUUUCAUGAAAUCAGUGCUUCCAACCGUAUCAGUGUUGGCUGGCUGACCUAGAAAUCAUCUGAAACUCCUCCAUGACAAAGCUGCCUGUUAGAGGCUUUUGGGAUGGCUACGUAGGGACCCUGCUCCCUAGCCUUUACCUACAGUAUUACAGAGCUUAGUUCAGCUUUGGCUUCUUGGGUUGGUGGGGUUUUUUUGUAUGUGGCUCUGGGGUUUUCCUGUCCGUUUGAUGGAGCCAAGGAAUCUUUAACAGACCCCCAAAUUCCCUGCUGGUGCAGGUCAGUGGCAGAGGAUUGUGGUGAAAGAAAGACGCAAGCAAUUUGCGGUUCAGUAGUCCAAAACUCAACAUCUCUGACCUCAUUUUUUCACUGCCUACACUUAAACCUCCACUACAGGAGUGAAUAUUGCUGCUGUGCCUGUGACCUGGGCGAAUAAUUACAAUGAUCCUCGUGGAAGCAGGGAAGGGGUUGUAUAACGAGGAGCCUUUUUGCCUCUGGAAACCAGACCCAUUCUCUCUCUAGAUUUAUAGUCACUCAUUUUAGAGUCAAAUGUUGAUCGUAGAGUGUGAAUCACAGCUCCGAAGUCUCUACCCGAAUCUUAAAUCGGAGGAAGGCUCAGGCAGGUGAUGUUUUUGUGGCCA